AUGGAGGAGUGUCCCGUCUGUGGGGAGGAGGGACAGAGACGACCAGUCUUUGUUGACGAUGCGUGUUCGGCGGGUAUCCCAGAGUCGAUCAAGGCAGCCGAGGAAAUCGAGAUAGCGGCCCUUUUGAGCUCAGCUCGGGCCCGGACAGAUGAAAGCUCGGACACAGUAGUUACCGGCAAAGCACCGUUCUCAGUGGCUGCAGAACUCGUCUGCAAUAGUGGAACUGGAGUAUUAGAAUUGCAAGAUGGACGAAGCUCUAACCAAGGGCGCCGACACAAGUGGCGCAACUCCAAGGCUGUUAAAAACUUCCGGCGCUUUCGUCUGAUAAAUCAAGGACGUAAAAAUUUCGGUGAGAAAGAUGACAAAUGA